AUGCCUACUGUCCUCGUCGUGGGAGCGACGCGUGGUCUUGGAGCGAGCAUUGUCCAAACCUACGCAACCGACCCAAACAAUCGUGUCUUCGCAACAGCUAGGACCCCGAAUCCCCCAGCGAACACAAAAAACAUUACCUACAUCCCUAACAUCGACCUCGAAUCCGCAGAUGCUGGUAGCAGUCUCCUCCACUUCCUCGGAACAGCGAGCAUCUCCCACCUCGAUAUCGUCAUCAUAACAGCGGGGUACUUCGCAACCGAGUCGCUCCAAGAACCCUCGUUCUCUGCCCAAGAACGCAUGUACCGUACCUGCGCCAUUGGCCCAACCAUCCUCAUCACAGCGCUUGCAAACAAGGACGACAAGCUCCUCGAUUCCAAGUCCAAGGUCAUAUUCGUGUCGUCAGAAAGCGGUAGUAUAACGCUCAGGCACGAGCAAGAGGGCGGCGGCAACUACGGGCACCAUGCUAGCAAGGCGGCGCUGAACAUGUCUGCGAAGCUUUUGAGUUUAGACUUGAAGGAGAGAGGGGUUGCGGUAGCUGCUGUUCAUCCGGGGUUCAUGCGCACGGAGAUGACGCGGAGCGUGGGGUUUGAUAAGUAUUGGGAUGAGGGAGGAGCGGUUACGCCGGAUGUUGCGGCCAAGAGUCUUGUGGAGUGGAUUGAGACGUUCGAUAUCAGCAAAACGGGACAAUACUGGGCACCUAGAGGACCUGCCGACAUUGGUACUGCUGAACCCGUGCUCGGACCCAAGGACAAGCUUCCAACGCCUCUUCAAUUGCCGUGGUAG